AUGGCUCCCAAGCCUUUUCUCGAGCCUCGCGAGGCAUAUCUACCGAAACCUGUUCCUAUAGGAGGAGAUAUUAUGUCGGUUAUGGUCUCCCUCGCUGCUUGUUCAAUAUUAGCUGUCUUUCUUUUCCAGAGAAUUACUGCCGUUAGAUCAUGGUCCAGGUUACCAUUUGUUGCUUGGCUCGUUCUAGUCAUCUACGUCGACUCCUAUGGUUUUGUUUUCACAUCUGCAAUCCUCCAACAGGUCUUCGGUGUCAACAGCAGCUUCAACAUUUGCCAUGGCGCUAUUUUGCUUUGCCUAAUAUGCUAUGUCACAACCAAGAUUCUUAUAUACGUCUUUCUUGUCGAGAAAGCUCAUGUUAUUCGAAGCUCUACUACACGAAGAAGAAAUUCGAAACUUUACUUGUUCAAUAUGAUCACACUUCUUGGUGGCUAUGGAGUGGUUGUCGUCCUCAACUUUAUCUAUCGCAUUGCCAGAAUUGUAAACGGAGAGUGCUUCAUCGGCAUGAAGAGCAUCUCUAUGAUUCCUCUUAUCGCUUUCGAUGCCGUCGUCAAUAUCUACCUGACCAUUCUUUUUCUACUCCCUCUUAAAAAUCUCUACUCAUUCAAGAAUCUUCCAAAGACCCAUGCGAACUCCCGUCUUCGCAGUGUGGCCUUCCGUACUUUCGUCGGUGCUUGCUGUACCUUGACAAGCAGCAUAGUAAACUUGACUGUGUUAAUGGUUCUUAAUGGCGAGCCGGGUUGGGUGUGUUUAAUGUGUUGCAACAGUGACGUCCUCUUUUCGGCUAUUGUCGUUCAAUGGGUCACUUCUCGCGAUAGUGCUGGUUCUUCCAGUCAACCAGCUUCGGCUGCUGUUACGGAUGGCAGCUACAUUGGCAGACGUGCCUCGUCGGCUCAUCCAAGAAGUCUGCAUGCUUCGAACGUUCCCAACGUUCCUCGCGACGUGGAUGACGAGACUUCUCUUGUCGGACAUGCUACUGUCACCUCUUUGACAGAUGACCCUGGUUUCGAGAUGACCAAAGUUCAUUCAGGGGCUACAAGUGGUGUUAUAGUUACGACGACAAUUCACCGUGAGAGCCGGCCUACGACCGAACGCAAGGAGAGCAGCGACGAUGACGACGAUAUCGGAAUCGAAUCAGACCGAGACUUUCCGGUGCGAUCGGUGGCUUUUGCUCCAGGCCACACAGAAGCCGCAGAGCCACCUCGAACGCGAAUCCAAGGAGGCUCCAGGCCGCAUCAUCAUUCCAAGACACCUUCGUUCUCACGUCCAUUGAACAAGUAG